AUGAGCUCCGCCUCAGCACGAUGCUACGACUGCAUUAUCGCAGGAGCCGGCAUCAGCGGUCUCGCAGCCGCUCAAAGGUUGACGCAAGCGGGGCGUAAAGUGCUUAUACUUGAGAGUCGUAAUAGGACGGGAGGGAGAAUACACAGCGUUGAAACAUCCUCCGGUACCACUGUCGGAGCGCCGCAAGGGAGUGAAGGUGGGGCAGAUGCCUCCGGCUCAGGUCAGCAGAGGACAGAGCCCUCGUCCUCUAGAAGCUCUGCUUCCUCUUCGGUCACCACUUCCACCAAACUCAUCGAUCUAGGUGCAAGCUUCGUCCAUGGUAUCAUCGAUAAUCCUCUCACAGAGCUAAGCCACAAGGUCCCUUUUGACUUGCAUCUCCCCUCACUCGCAGAUGGGAGUGAGGCUCUCGCCGCCUAUCCUCCCGAAGCGCACGGUAAAAUGAGGGACGGCGAGGAAGCGGCUCGACUGGAGUACCUCUCCCACUUGGUCACUUUUGAGCGUCUGCACGAGUAUGCUCAGCGCGGAGGUCCCCAUGGGCUCGCACCUGAGCCGAGCGAAGAGGACAGUAUCUGGAGUGAGCUCCUCCGACAGCAGUCUGGUAAUGGCAAAGCAGACAAAGAGGGCGUCUGGCGUGGAAUUGAUGCACCCACGAGGAAGGAGGUACUCAAGAUGGCCGGUCUGUGGAGCGGCUGGACAGGAGCGGAACUAAAGGACGUUUCCCUCAAGUACUGGGGAUGGGAGAGGGAAUUCAGAGGGGAAGACGCGGUCGUGCUUCCUGGAUACAGGAAGUUGGUCGACUAUCAUGUGCGCUUGAUCGAGGAGGCUGGUGGAGAGAUCAGAUUGCAGAGCAAAGUAGACAAGGUGGAACUGUUGGAGGAGGAGGAACGGGUGAGUAUUCAGAUCAUCGGAGAUGAUCAAUCGAGGGAGACCUUCGAGGCCAAGUACUUCCUGUGCAGUCUACCGCUCGGCGUGAUGCAACAAAGUCCUCCACACUUCAACCCACCUCUCCCCUCUCGCAGAGUAGCGGCCCUCAACCGCCUCGGCAUGGGUCUCCUCAACAAAAUCGUCCUCACCUAUCCCACUGCGUGGUGGCACUCUUCUUCCUCUUCCUCUCCGGAAGCUCAAGCCAAGAAAGGCAGCAACAGUGAAUGGCUAGCUCUCCUAGGAGAUGACGAAGACCUGCCUGAGGACGCCUCCCCUCUGGAAAGACUGCGUCGAGGUCGCCUGUUCGGGCAAGACUACUCGCGCAUCAACCAAUCGCCCACCAUCCUCUUCUUCAUCGGUCCGCCACUGGCGCAAGGCAUUGAGAGCUUGGAAGAUGGAGUGAUAGAGGAAGUAGUUCACAAGCGCCUUGUCUCGUGUCUCGCACCCAAGGGGGAGGAAGACAAGGUGCCGAGCCCGAGCGCAAGACAUAUCACUCGAUGGCUCUCCGAUCCACACUCCAGAGGAUCCUACUCGUAUUUUCCCAAUCGAAUCUCACCUCAUUCGUCUGCUGAAGGUGGUGGACAGGAGUCAAGAGAAGGCGGUGGACCCCUCGAUAUGCUCGAAUGCGCCCGUCCUCUCUGGAGCGAGAGGCUGGGCUUUUGUGGAGAGCACACGGAGGAAAAUCACUUUGCGAGCGUCCAUGGACCUCUUCUUACUGGCUGGAGGGAAGCACGCAGGCUGGAGAGUCUGUUGAAGGAAGAAGAGGGAAAGAAGGAGGAAGGGACGGGAGACUGGGAGGUCGUGCCUUGA